AUGGCAGAAAAUACCGACGUCGUCAACUCAGAAUGUUUAACUGUUGCCCAUUUAAAUAAAAUAAAGGUGUUCAUCUCAAAAGGUGCUACACAUCAUCCAGUCUCUGCUUUGAACGCACAUCUACUGUCAGGUUGGAAGUGGAACACUUUGAUAGGAUAUAAUGCAGCAGUUAAAAAGUUCAUAUUUUUCAAAAAUUUAUCUGGAAACCACGCUUUCGUAUUACCAGCAAGUAGUAUAGAUAUUGAAGAUUUUUGCUUUUGGGCGGGACAAAAUUUAUACUUAAACAACUCUUACAAAAUCUCGGCCACCUCUAUGAAAAAAUACUUAUGCGGAAUUAAGGCGUGGCACACGUUUCACGAAACGUCUUACCCUGAAAUAGCAGACAAACGGAUCGAACUGCUAUUGAAAGCAUCAGCAAAAAUCGAUGCGACACGACCGUUGAAACCGAUGAAGCCAGCAAUUAUGCUGAAACACCUGAUAUGGCUAUCAAACGUUUUAUUUCCUGGCGGGAAAGUUGACAAAGCGAUAAUGGAUCUUUCGAUCGUUGCUUUUUGGGGAAUGGCAAGAAUCAGAGACUUGACCUACAAGAAACCUUUCGGAUCGUUAAACACCCAAGUAUCUCUGUUAACGUCAGACGUUUGCAUAAUAAAAUUGGCAAUCGGAGAAAAGGUCAUACUAUCUAUUAGAGAUGCUAAAACAGCAACGCCAGGGAAACCUCAACAGAUGGUCCUACACAGCUUAAAGAACAUGCUCUGUCCGGUUUUAGCAAUCAAACAAAGAUUAGAAGAGGCCGACGGAAAAGAGACCUCCCUUUUUGGGUUCUAUAGCGAUGGGACGAGAAAACAUUUAACUAGGGCGAUAGCGGUUAACAGGAUUCAAUUGGUGUUGCGUUCAGGUGGCUUUGACGGACUCCUAGGCCAUUCAUUUCGAGUCGGCGGCGCUUCACUCAGAUUUGCGCUGGGAACACCUGCUGAGGAGAUUUGUAUUCUAGGCAGACUCAGACCUUAUUGA